AUGUUUGAUGAUAUGGGGUUUUCUGGUGAUCUUGAUUUUUUCUCGUCUGCUCCUCUGAAGGAAGCCGAUGUGUGUGGCCCGCAACCAGUUGAGCAAGAGCCGGUUGUAGAGGAUGAUUAUAGUGAUGAGGAGAUGGAUGUGGAUGAACUUGAGAGGAGGGUGUGGAGAGAUAAGAUGCGACUCAAAAGACUGAAAGAAAUGAAUAAAGGUAAGGAAGGUGUCGAUGCUGCCAAGCAGCAGCAGUCUCAAGAACAAGCAAGGAGGAAAAAGAUGUCGAGGGCACAAGACGGGAUCUUGAAAUACAUGUUGAAGAUGAUGGAAGUUUGCAAAGCUCAAGGCUUUGUUUAUGGAAUUAUUCCUGAGAAGGGCAAGCCGGUAAGUGGGGCAUCGGACAAUCUCCGGGAGUGGUGGAAGGAUAAGGUACGCUUUGAUCGUAAUGGACCGGCUGCCAUAGCAAAAUACCAAACAGAUAAUGCAAUCCAGGGGAAGAACGAGGGGUCAAAUCCCGUUGGUCCGACCCCUCACACAUUGCAAGAGCUCCAGGAUACAACUCUCGGUUCACUUUUGUCUGCUCUCAUGCAGCACUGCGAUCCCCCUCAGAGGCGGUUUCCGUUAGAGAAAGGCGUUCCGCCUCCAUGGUGGCCCACGGGGAAGGAGGAAUGGUGGCAUCAGUUGGGUUUGCAGAAGGAUCAAGUCCCUCCACCAUACAAGAAGCCGCAUGAUUUGAAGAAGGCCUGGAAGGUGGGUGUUUUAACGGCCGUGAUCAAGCACAUGUCUCCCGAUAUUGCUAAGAUCCGUAAACUUGUAAGGCAGUCAAAGUGUUUGCAGGACAAGAUGACUGCCAAGGAAAGCAUGACUUGGCUUGCCAUCAUUAACCAGGAGGAAGCUUUGGCUCGAGAGAUCUACCCCGAUCGAUGUCCGCCUUUGUUAUUGUCCGGAGGGAGUGGAAAUUUUACCAUGAAUGAUAACUGUGAGUACGACGUUGAAGGGGUGGAUGACGAGUCUCCCUUCAACGUACACGAGCAAAAACCCAACCCCCUCGGUUUGUUGAAUAGCGGGAUGGAGAGAUUCACUGAUAGACUGCCAGUUCAACAGCAAUCUCAUCCAAUGAAGGAUGAAUUCAUUAACAACUUGGACUUCUCGAGGAAGAGGAAGCCGGGAAAUGAGCAGAACACCGUGAUGGAUCAUAAGGUAUAUGCGUGCGAGUUCCUUCAAUGUCCUCAGAGUGAUCUCCGCCAUGGUUUCUCGGACAGGAUUUCCCGGGACAAUCAUCAACUUGCUUGCCCUUAUAGACAUUCUUCUGAGUUUGGGAACUUCAAUAUUAAUGAAGCCAAGCCAGUCACCUUUUCUCAAUCACUUGUCCAGGCCAAGUCAGCUGCCUUGCGCGUACAUCCAACUCCACCUCCCAUCGAUCUUACAGGACUUCCGGAAGACGGGCAAAGAAUGAUUAACGAACUCAUGUCCUUCUACGAUGAUAAUAUUCAAGGGAACAAGAACUCAAAUACCGGGAACUCUACAGUUACAAAGAUGCAGUCUCUUCAGUUGCCGAGCAUUCAGUGUCAACAGGGUAGCUUCCUUAACAGUCAAGGAAUGGCUUUAUCGGGUAAUAUUUUUGAAGAGACGAACAUGCCCACCAAUCAUCCUAUAUUCCCCACAGCAGAAGAUCGAUUCAACCAGUGCAAGAUCGGAAAUUCUCCUUUCAACUCCACCCCUAAUGAGAAUUUCCAACUGAUGUUUAGUUCUCCGUUCAAUAUGCCGUCCAUUGACUUUAUCGAAGGCUUUCCUAGUGGUGCAAAGGAUGACGUGCCAAAGCAGGAUGCCACAAUUUGGUAUUAA